ACGAAAACAAUAAACUUCAGUGCGAUUUGUGUUGAACUCAGUGUGCGUUCAUUGGAGUGUCCGACGAAUCAAUGAAUUAAAGCCGAUAUCUAUGGCAAUGAUUACGCAAAACACGACAACAAGUGCUCAAUACGUGUGACAAUCACUUCAAUGAGUCAUUCAUUCAAUUGAUUUGCAAAUGAAUUAAAGAUUAAUAUAAAUAAUGGAUAAUAAUAUUGAAGACAAUUAUCAAGAGAUGGAAGUGAAGAGAGAGAUGACCGCCGAUGAAGUGGACGAUGGAGUGGAGGGAAGGGGUGAUGAGGUGACGACCACCACCUGCGAGUCGCCACAGACCACGACCGCAGAACACGUGAUGGACACCAAAAUCCGCAUCUAUUGCAUCGAAACGAAGACAUUUAAGUCGAGCUCACAGUCGGGUCACAGCAUUGGCCGCCAGCCGAAGACAAUGCAAAUGGCGUUUACAGCAAUGAAAUCACAUAAGUUUGACACCAAUUGGAUCAAUGAGGACGAGGUGGUCAGCAACGAGUGGUCCCAUGGCUUCCGUAGAAGUCUCUUCAUUCUGGACUCAUUCGAUGGCAGAGCCUAUGAGUUCUUGAGGUCGAGGUCGGCCCGAGUCGUGGGUCCCCUCAGUAUCCUCUUCUGCUAUUCCCACGAAUGCGUCCAACGGUUCAAAAACAUUCCCGAAAAGCCGUUCCCACUGUUCAGCCAAUGUAUGCGCAAACUCUUUGUCUCCAUCUCUGGCUUCGAUGGCCAGCGAAAGAGGGAACUGAUCGCCAGAAUCGAGCGCAUGUGUGGCCACUACUCGAAGGACUACACGCGAAGAGUGACCCAUUUGGUGACCGAUUCGGUGCGCACUAAGAAGUAUCGAGUGGCCAAACAGUGCGGGUCGGCCGUCAUGUCCAGCCAUUGGGUGGACGACUGUUGGAAUAUCCAUCAGCACGACCUCAUGAGUGCCGCCGAUCCGGACAUUGUCGGCAAAUAUAAGCUCAAGAUAUUCAACAAACUGUUGAUUACUGUUUCGCAGGUGGAUUUACAGGAGAGGAAUGAAGUACAAGAGAUCGUCAACUCAAACGGUGGUGUUUACAGCCCUUCCCUCAAACUGAAUGCAAACAAUUGCAUUCUACUGCUAAAGGAGGCGUCGGGAGAUAAGUUUAAAUACGCCCAAAUGAAAGGCAUUCCCUGUCUGGACGUCCAGUGGCUGUACGACUCCCUCGGGAAAGGCUUCACACAGUCUGAGGAGAAAUACAUAAUUCGUUCGGAUUCUCAACAAACGUCUCAUCAAAAGAGCCAAAAACUCGCAAACAAUUCAAACCAAUUGAAUAAAUUGGACUCAAAUGUGAUGAAUCAGUCGACCGACAGUCGAUCCGACACUAAAAUAAUGAGCCGAACGUCCAUCACUUCCGUCCCGAACACAGAAACCAUUUGUCACUCGACAGACAAUCCCAACGAAGACAUCAUUCAAAGAAUCGAUGACUUAAUUAAGAAUCGCAACGACGAGCCAAUCCUCGAGGGCUGCGAAGCGUUUCUGUUUGGAUUCAAGAGACCAGUGUUUGAAGCCAUCAAAUCCGCACUCCUGUCGAGCGGUUGCUUUGUUUUAAACGAGUUUAAAGACACGAUUACUCAUGUGAUCGUUGGACCAGAUGGUGACCAGUCAGAGGUGUUCAAUAUGUGUGCCAACAAAUCGUGCAAAAUAGUGACAAUAGGAUGGCUUUAUCAAUGUCUGGCAAACAACGAGUGCUGCGAUUCCAGUGCUUAUGAGAUGAAGAGACCCAAAGAGCAGCUUCAGUCCAAUGGCUCGCAGGCCAAGCGCCGCAAAACGGAGCACACGUUUGAGGGGCCGUUGACUGUAGUGUCGCCCAAAGCACUGAAAAGGGGUUCCGAAGACUCCCGACUCAACUCAAAGUACAAUCACAUGUCUAUUGGUGUUGGGCUGGGAUUUGGUGUUAUGGAUGUCCAAUGGGACGACUCUUCACAAUCAGUUGACUAAUAAUUAGAUAAAUUUAGUUUUAAAUUGUAUUCUUUUGUAAAUUUAAAUAUUUUUCUUUACCGG